AGGGAGCAGCGCAACGUGAACGUAGUGAUUGCACCCGACUACCAAAAAAAAAAAACGCUCUUUCAGAUGCGCCGGUGGGGUGAGGCAAAGCUCUUCGUGCAGCCGCGGACCCAUGGCAGGGCGAGGAUAACGACCGCUGCACAGUGGCUCCGCAGCAACAGUAAUCGGGGUAGCUCAAUCAAGUCCACAACGCUGCCAGCUUCAUCUUCUCCCGCACAGAAAUUGGCGAGAGCAGGCACACCGUCUUUUGUGUCCGCGCUGCACCCCUCUCGCGUUCUGCAAAAGCCCUUCAUCCCUUCUGGGGUGCGCUCGGAGGAGGUGGCCGCGGCGUUGCACGACGCCUGCCGCAACGGCAGCGUCCACAGUCGCCACGAACGCGACGGCGUGAACAGCACCGUCGUGCACGAGCUGACGCUCCUCCCUGUCGAUGAACUAGUGCAGCGCGUGCACCGUUUCAGUCGCACCAACUUCUCUCUCGGCCAGCGGCCUCUUCUCUACGCGCACUUGCAAGAGAUCAUGAAGCCGCACCGCAUGGCGCAGAUGUCGAUCAAAGCUCUUCAGGAUUAUUUGCACCUUGCACACGUGGCUGGGCUGCACGAGACGUGCCUGGAGGUAUAUCACACCGCACGUAAGCACAUGUCCCCCGCCACGCUGUCGUUGCAUUCCAAAAAGGUGACAUUCACCAGCAGCAACGAGUCCACCUCGAGCGGCGCUACACCUGACAGGGGCGAUGGUCCAGUCUCAGGCACCGCCGCAAUCACGAAAAAUAGCGGUAACAGCAACAGCAGCAAUAGCAAUAAUCUCGUACAGGAUAGCGCCGUGCUCGUCUCCAAUUAUGUGGUGGAUAGCGCGUACGCCGUGCAGAGCUCUGCGGAGCUGACUCGAAUGGCAUCCUACUGUGUCUCUCAGUUGCUGAUGGUGAAUCCAUCUGCCUCCUCCCCGCCGCAGCAGGACAGCGCGGACGGUGCAGCAGCGACCUCGCCUCCGCAGCCCGCCGUGCCUGCCGUGCGCAGCGCCCAGGAGAUGACGGUGGAGGUGGCGCUAGUGCGAUGCCUCUGGCGGGUCCUGUGCUUGGCAGAGUACUACCGCUGCACCGAGGCAGGCGGCGCAAACGGAGUGAAAGGGAGUGCGGAGCAGGCGCUGGCGGAUGCCUUGGCCAUUUUGGAGGCCUGCCAGCGCGUGGGUGCCGCUCGUCGUGAUGCCUUCGCGAGGCUUCGCGGAGAUGCUCUCUUCUCGGAAGCAGCUGCGCCGCAAAGGGGCGCGCCGGAUAGUCAGGCGAGCCCCCCCCGACUACCGUCCCCACCACCGCGGCAGCCGGAGCAGCUGAUGGCCCUUUUGCAGAAGGGCCUGCACUUUGUGCGUUACGCCUCCGCCGGCGACGAUGGUGAAUUCGCCUUCUUUCACUUCUGCAUGGAGAAGGGUAUUCUGACCUCUCCGCAGCCUUUUCCGUGUAGCCUCGGGGGCCGAAGCAGCGGUUCGGAGGGCAGUGGGGAUGCACCUUCCGCCUCUUCACCUUCGCUGACUUGGAUGUACGAUGCCGAUGAGGUGCAGGUCUUCUACGGUUCGCUCAUCGAGACCUGCUCCGCUGGGCAGCUGGUGCCGGAGGCGAUGUUGUACUUCACCGAGGCACGGCGGCUGGUCGGGUGCGACCCCCUCGCUGACGAGGACGACAGCAACGCGGAGGUUCACCUGGCAAAUGCAGAGGCGAGGGAGGGAGUGAAAGGGAAACGGACCGAGGAAGUAUUAUUGUCAGCGGCAUCAACGCCAUCAACGCCACCACCACCACCACCGUCUCCUCCACCGCCGAUCAUGAGUCGAAGUGCACCCGCUCCGCCACCACCGCUGGCACCACCCGCCCCGUCCGCCACACGCGCUGCGGACGCGCGAGCAGCAGCAUCUACCACCACCGAUGCGUCCUCUCGCACGCGUGCUAACUUCUUCUUCACAGAUUUUCUCCUUCAUCGCUUAUUGUUCACCCUGCAGACGGCGAAGGACAACCGCCGUAUUGUGCGGCUGGCCCGUGCCCUCAUCGCGGCGGGUGCGGCGGCCAGCAUCAAGGCAAAUUUGUGGACGCUGCUGCUCAUUUCCGCUGGCGCGGUGCGGGCGGCGGAUGUGGUGCUGGUGGCACACACCUUUGCAAUGCAGCAGCUCAGUAACACGGCUGGCGGCGGCGGCGGCGGUGCGGAGGCAUCCGGCAGCGGGGAGCGUCGCACGUGGGAAUACCUUCUCCAGACCACCCUCAGCGCGCUCUCCAAGUGUCAGCUGCCGCAUUACGAGCAGGACUACCUGCAGCCGGCGCAGGAUGGCGGCGUCGUGCAAUGCACCGAUGAAUUCUACUACGGAUGUUUAUUGCAAGACGCGCACAACUCGAUGAACCCGGUGCAGCGCGCGGCGGAGGUGCUGGCGCGGAUGAGCGACGCCAAAGUCCCGCUCACUGCCCCGCUCGUCUCACGGCUGCUAAAACUGUAUUUGCGCGUGGAGGCGGUGGAGUUCUUGGCGGUGUACAGGCACGCUGCGGAGGAGCUGCACCUGCGGCGUGGGCUGUGGACAGACCAGCUCGUCUUAUGGGCCGACCGCCGCCGCUACUUUCUUUCGGCAGACGACCGCGCGUACAUCGUGGACGAGGUGCUCAAAUCACGCAACGUCAGCGACGUUUCGCGGCUGCUGCCGAUGCUCGGUGGCCUGCGUGCGCAGUUUGCGCUGCUGCACUACGACUUCACGCACGCCGCGUGCGAUCGGUUUCUCCAAGACGGGACGCUGCCGGAUGACGCGCCGACGAUGCAGGAUUCCCGCGCGCACUUUCUGACCACACGAGCCCCGAGUGUGCAACGAGGAGUGAUGGCACCGGCAGGGGACUCGUGGGUCUGCGCGCGUGACGGCGGCGUGUCGAAUGCGCUUGGGGAUUCAGACGAGGGUGUUGAGGAGGAAGGGGUCGAAACGGAGCACUACGGCGCACAGCCCCGCCUGCUCGGCGACAGCCCUCGCCGCACCCUGCACGCCGCGAUCGCGGAACUUUCAGAGACACCGCUGCUUCUCCCAACUGCCAGCGGAGACGGCGCCCGCACGGCAGGUGCGGGCUCGAGCGACGAGGAGAGGCUUCACGAUGAGGCGUUGCGUGUGUACUUGGCGGAUGUGCUGGGCGGUCUGCAGCGCUCUCUCAACUCUGUGUCUUAG